AUGUUACGAUGCAUUUUCAUUUCAGGGCUAAACCGCAAGAAAAGAUCUGAUCCGCCACCGGAGUGCAAGGGAACAUUAAAGGACUGGAAAGAAGCCAUCGCGUGUGACUACAAAUGUCCAAAAGGAUGGUCGAAAAAUCCAUUGUUGAUCAUGUCUUUCGAUGGACUUCAGCGUUACUACUUGGACAGGCACAAGACGGCGGCGAUUAAUUUAAUAAAGGAGCAUGGUUCGCACUCUCCUUUUAUGUAUCCAAGUUUUCCUUCGAAAACAAUACCUAACCAUUAUGCGAUCGUGACGGGCUUGUAUCCUGAAUCACAUGGUAUCGUCGAAAACAAGUUCUACGACCCUCAAAUGCAAAAAAAGUUUUCAAUGGCCGGUGACAUUUACAAAGACCCCGCUUGGUGGAAGGGCGAACCGAUAUGGAAUACUGCGCAGAACAACAACAUGAAGUCCGCGACACACAUAUGGGCAGGUUCUGAGGUUCAAAUUCAAGGAAAAUAUCCAUCAUAUUUUGCUGAAUACAACCCAAAUACUAGCUUUACGGACAAAAUAGACCAAAUCAUUCAAUGGUUGAAGUUAGAAGAGGUGGCCCGGCCAUCCGUGAUCAACUCGUACUUCAAUCAGCCGGAUUUGGUUGGACAUGACCAUGGUCCAAAUUCGAAGGAUAUAAAUGACAUCUUAAAAAUGGUCGACAACGUGCCUGAUUACCUGAUGACUAGCUUGUUCAAGAAUGGCCUUUUCAAUUGCUUGAACAUAAUCAUUCUGGCUGACCAUGGCAUGCAGACAGUGCACAAAGAAUUUCUAAAUCUUCAGCAGUAUGUCGAUACGAAAGGCAUGGUAAUCUUCGCUGGAGGUCCGCUGGCCAGAAUUACGCUGAAUGCAUCAAGUUUCACGGCGCAGGAAGUAUUAAAAAAGCUGACAUGCGAAACAGGCAUGUUCAGGGCUUAUGAUCGGUUCAGCAUGCCAAAACGUUUACAUUACUUCAGAAAUCCCAGAAUCGGAGAUAUCAUCGUGAUGGCAACUGUUGGAACAACAAUUUGGGAGAAAACCAAAAAUGAAGAUGAAACUGGAAGCCACGGCUAUGAUUACCGUUUUCCAACGAUGCACGCCACAUUCAUUGCCUACGGUCCGGCAUUCAAGAGAAACUUCCUGAUGGAACAGCCGUUUCCAAACAUCGAACUUUACAACCUGUUCACAUAUCUCAUAGGAGCAAAGGUUAUUGCUCCACACAACGGCACCGUUGGAGCGCUGAAUCCGAUCCUCAUCACACCUCAGACGAUCCCCAAAUUCACUCCCGCCGCAACGGUCGCAUGCCCCGCAGCAAAGGAUAAGCUGGACGUUUGUGAGUCAUGUUCUGCGAAAAAAACGAUUUCCCACGAAGCCAUUCGACCUGACGAUCUGGCCGAAGCAUGCCUCGUGGCUGACGUCAAGAACUGCGCCACUGCCUCGAAGCAAAGCCAAGCGUUGAAAGGAAAGAAACUGACCUUCCACUCAUUGUUGUCGCUUAGAAAAAAUUAUUGGUCAAACCUCACAGUAAUGUUGAAAAUGUACGCAACAUUGUAUGAAGACCUGCACGUCAUAUCGGGACCAAUCUUUGACUACGAUGCAGAUGGACUGGCUGAUGAAAGCGUAUCAGCACAAAACAUCGUUGAAGGUGUACCGAUUCCGUCACAUUAUUACCUCAUUAUGGUGAAAUGUAAUGGUGUUUGGACGCGGGAUAGUUGUGACGGUCAGCCAAAAGUCCAGUCAUUUGUGCUGCCCAACGUAGAGAAUGUGGUCGGCUGCUAUGUAGGCCAUUUUAAGCCUCAUUUAAAUGGUUUCGAAUGUAAAUCGCCUUCUGAGUUUUUCUUCAUUAAUACAGCUCGAGUGCGAGACAUCGAGCAGCUGACGAAAAUGCGAUUCUUUCCUAAUUGGGAUGCCAAUGAAGCGGCUUUGCUACGAACGCACAUCAUCCAGUCGUUGUGGCCGAUCAGUUUCUGAUG